CUCAGUUUUUAAACCAGCGCUUUGUUGUGUUCUGUUAUUCUUUUUUGUUCUAUUUUGAAUGUGCCCACUACAACGCCAUCACAUUUGAAUGAAAGCAUUCUGGCAAUUAAAGCCAUCUGAAGCCGCUUCCUUGCAGACACCUGCUCACACUUCUCAAGAGUGUGUUUCAUCAAACGACACUCAUCCCCUCUGGAUCAAACCUGGCAGCGAUGUCGGUAGGUCAUCAGGUAACAAGCAGCACCUCUCUUCAGAUCCCUCCCCAGCCUGAGACCGCUGUACUCAGGAGCCGACACCCAAUCCUGCUGGACACCCUCCGGCCCGUCUUGGUCCAGGCCAUCAUCAAUCCUAAGCGAGGUAUGGAGGAACCCCUCCAGACACCACAGCCCCCCGGGAGCUGCAGCUCACCCGGACCUGCCGGGAGGUCAUGCUGGAGCUUGGAUGCGAGGGUGGCUGUUCUUCUGGUGACUCUAGCUGGAGCUUUAAUCCUGCUGCUGCUGUACAAACUCUUUCAGCUAAGACACAGGCUGAUGUUGGCCAGGGCGAGGCACGCGCUAGAGUACUACAGCUUCUACCACUCCGCCACCUACACCCUCAAACACAGUGCAUCGUGUCAGGACCUGCCAGCCAAGAAAGGGACGGUCCCUGAGGCCACACCACCCGUCCAAAACGUUACCCCGGUGACACACGCUGUCAUCGCCCCGCUUCCGCCCCCACCAGUGCCUGUUCCGCCCCCUCUGCCGCUCCCCCACCUCCCGUCCUGCCUCCACCACUGCUCCGCACGCCACCUCCUCUCACCCCAACACUUCCCGUCCUGGCCUUCCCUCUCCCGCUGCCUGCGAUCCACUACACCCCACCCAGCCCUCACCUGUCGUGGGGCGCCUGCUCAGAAGCGGAUGUGUACUCUCGGAUCGGAGCUUUCAGGCCUUCCAGGCUCUCCAGCCUCUCCAACCAAUCAAAAGUCAUCCUUUUUGAGCACUCCUCUCUGA